CCAUUCACAAUUCCCAAUACAUACCCCAGGUAAGAAACCCAAAAAGGAAAAAGUACUGCAUGAAAGAAAGGAGAGUUAAAUUUAAAAAAAUCAGGUUUAACUAAUUGAAAAGACAGAAAGAGAGAGAAUACUUCUUGUUUCUUGAUUGGUGUUGAUCAAAAGAAGAGAACCCUUCAAAAGAUAAUCGUGUCCAUGAAUAAUUAAUUUUAGGGACAAAUUCAAGAGAUGGAAACCGUCUCUUCUAACAGUGUCUGUUUUCUUCAUCUUUGGACACUCUUCUUCAGCUUUGCAUUUUGUGACAAAAGAAAUAUUUUGUUGUUUCGAGCAAUAUGAGUAACAGAAAAUCUGCAAAAGAGGUGAAAAGGGGUAGUGGUUCUUGGAACUGUCAGAGUAUAAUGCAGUGUUUCAGCUCUAGAGAACAAAUGAAAGUGGAAGAUAUGCUGAAGUUGUCUGAUUCGCAAGAUGAUGUCCAGCCUAGGCCUGAUACUGUUAAUAUUGAAGAAGCCGAGUCAUCUCUUCGUGAAAGUGGUGGUUUAAACUUUGAGGAAGCGAGAGCGUUGUUGGGAAAAUAUGAGUAUCAGAAGGGAAAUGUAGAGGCAGCUAUACGUGUAUUUGAAGGGAUUGAUGUCACCUCAGUUACUCCCAGAAUCAAACUUACCCUUGAUAGAAUAAGAGAUCGUCCAAAAAGGCGUUCUCAAGGUGAUGCCAACCCGCCAAUGUCAGUACAUGCUGUUAAUCUAUUAUUUGAAGCCAUGUUACUAAAAGCAAAAUCAUUGCAGUCCCUUGGGAGGUUUAGAGAAGCUGCUCAAUCAUGCAAAGUUAUUCUGGACAUUGUUGAAUCUUCAUUACCAGAUGGCUUGCCUGAAAACUUAAGUGUUGACUGUAAAUUGCAGGAGACUCUAAUCAGGGCUGUAGAGUUGCUUCCAGAAUUAUGGAAGCUGGCUGAUUGUCCACAUGAUGCAAUAUUAUGUUUUCGGCGGGCCCUUCUGUAUCGUUGGAACCUUGAUUCUGAAACUGCUACUAGGAUACAGAGAGAAUUUGCUGUUUAUCUGUUGUAUAGUGGUGUUGAGGCAACCCCGCCAAGUUUGCGUUCUCAAAAGGAUAAUUCAUAUGUACCUAAAAACAAUUUAGAAGAGGCUACCCUGCUUCUAAUGCUUCUGUUCAGAAAAGUAACUAGACGAGAAAUUGAGUGGGACCCCUCAAUUGUGGAACAUUUGUCAUUUGCUCUAAGUGUUUCUAAUGAACCACAAGCUUUAGCCUGGGUGAUUGAAGCAUUGCCUCCUGGGAUUAUUGAGAGGAAGGAGAUAUUCCACACUCUAGCUCUUUGUUAUCAUGCACAUGGUGACAGUUUUGCUGCUUUGAAUCUUCUAAAAAAGCUAUUGCAUCAUUCAGAGGAACCAAAGCAUAGUUCUGGCUUAGUAAUGGCUUCAAAAUUAUGCAGUGAAAACCCCAGCUUGGCUGAAGAGGGCAUUGCGUAUGCUCGAAGAGCUCUAGUUGACAAGGAGGAUAGAUGCGAUCACACAGUUGGUCGUAUUCACUCUUUACUAGGUGUGUCACUUUCAGACUCUGCUGAAUCAGCACUUGCUGAUUCUGAGCGGGUUAUUAGGCAGUUGGAAGCAAUUCAGGAACUGGAAUCUGCUGUGAAUUUGACAAACUUAAGUGACUCUACAGCUGUUUACCAUCUAAGUCUACAAUAUGCUUUGCAGAGAAAGCUGAAUCCUGCACUAUAUUAUUCUAAACAGUUGCUGAAGUUGGAUGGUGGAACUAAUAUUAAAGGAUGGUUGUUAUUAGCACGAAUUUUAUCUGGGCAGAAAUGUUUUGUUGAUGCAGAAACUGUUGUAGAUGCUGCUCUGGAACAGAGUGGAAAAUGGGAUCAGGGGGACCUAUUGAGAACAAAAGCUAAGCUCCAAGUUGCUCAGGGAUAUUUGAGAAAGGCCAUUGAGACAUAUAUGCAACUUCUUGCAGUUUUACAUGUUAAAAGGAAGAGCUCUGGAUCUGGGAAGGUACCUUUUAAGAGCUUUGAGAAUUGUGAUCGGCAAUUGGAACUACAAACUUGGCAUGAUCUGGCAUGUAUAUAUAUCAGCCUAUCACGGUGGAAAGAUGCUGAGAUUUGUCUGUCUAAAGCCAAGACCAUCAGUCCAGAUUGUGCUUCUAGAUGGCACACUAUAGGUUCAUUACAUGAAGCGAAAGGCCUCUUCAAUGAAGCUCUUGAUGCUUACAACACGGCCUUGAAUAUCGACCCUUGUCAUGUCCCAAGCUUAGUCUCCUCAGCUAUGAUACUUAGACGGCUUAAUAGCAAAUGUAAUUCAGUCAUUAAAAGCUACCUAAUGAACGCGCUCCAGCUUGACAGGACGAAUCAUGUUGCUUGGUAUAACCUGGGCCUCUUCUACAAAACCGAUAAUGGAUCAUCGUUUUUUGAUGCUGCAGAAUGCUUUGAAGCUGCGGCUUUUCUUGAAGAGACUGCUCCUGUGGAACCCUUCAGAUGAUCAGACACAUUCACAUACGUUAAUGUGUAAUGGUUAGUGCUCAUACAUAUUUACCACUUCUUUCUUUCUUUAUCCUGCUGCUGAAGUGGUCGGAAAAGCAAUAAAAGGAGAGUUUUUUCUUUUUUCUUAAAAUACUUUGUAAAAUGGAUAGUUUGCUUCUGUAAAUAAAAUAGUUAUAUGCACGAUUCCUUCAAAAAUUAGUUGUGUAAGACAGUUAAUGAAUAAGUGGACUUGUAAUUGUAAAAAGAUCAACUUUAGUUGUGUCAA